AUGCGGAGUAGAUACUCUGGGACUCUACCUUGCCAACUCGCCAUCAUAGCUGUCCCCGGAAUUGUUCAUCGUUUGGCCCAGCCCAAAGAUAACAGCGCACCUUUUCUCCCAGAUGCUGUCCUAGCCCCUCCAGGGAUCAUCCCAGGGAUUGAGAGUCAAGAUGACCUCACCCCACAAUACAACACCACAUACUUCCUCAGCGACAUUCGUCCCGUGCUUGAAUCAUCAUCGUACUUUGACGAGGAUGUCAAGAAAAAUGGCGGCCCACUGGCCUCUCUUGCUUGGGAGGUCGCAAGUUUCAUCAACGGUCGCGAUACAAUCCAGCAAAAGGAGCUCACCUCUGAGCCUCACUUGCUGCCCAGCCCCCCAGCCAUUGGCUCAACGCUGGUCAGCAACGGCGGUACUCCAGCCGACGGCUGA